UUCAACGCUCAUCCAAACAUUCGUUCCCCAUUCUUCAAUCUUUUCUCCGACCCCAUAUUGCAAGACAAGGUGCAAGAUACAAGUAUGCAUAGAUACAGCAACAUGAUGGGCUAGCCGGAAAGAGCCGAGAUAGAUGAGAUACUGACAAACGAUUUGAUAUCGGACACAAAAUGCCAACAUGGGGAGUCAACCCUAUCUCAGCUUGCGUACCUCAAUCAUACACUACACUUCGAACCUAGCUAUCUAAGUCUAUAUCAUUUGGUCGAGGGAGAGUCUAGCAUGGCUAUUCCACAAAGAUCCCUCCAAUUUGUUGCCCAUGUUGCAUUAAACUUGCAUGCCCAUCUACCUCCCUUCUGAUAUCCGUCAAUGAGAUCCCGAAAAGGUAGGGAUCUCUCGCUGAAUGCUCUGGAUGCGUUUAUAAAUACCUGGGGUUGUAUCCUCGGUCAUAUUUUCUCCACUGCUUAAUCAACAGUACAACAUAUCUUGGAAGUUGCCACUGCCUUGUUCCAAAACUGUGGUUUUGGGAUUCUUCAUCUCGAGUAUCUGCAUUUCAUUGUAACGAAUAAGAUGAAAGAAGAAGCGUUUGUGGGAAAAGUCUUUCCUCCAGGUGUGGCCGAAGAUGCUGCUCUGGAGAAUAUGGGUUAUCGUCCGGGUGGGUCGACCUCCUCGAUUCAACGAAACUGGCGUCAUUUGACCAUUCGCUGAUAAGCCUAAUUUCAGAACUCAAGCGAUCAUUCGGUCUUCUAGGCAUGAUUGGCUUCUCAUUCUCCAUUGUUACGAGGUAAGUAGUCUUCUGCGUAUGCUGUGCAUCUUCUGAAUCCCAACACCGGUGAUCGGCACCGGCGUUGCAACCUUGGAUCAGAAAAACGUGGCAAGAUGGGACGCUUAACGCUUGCUAACGGCUUAUUGCAGUUGGAGUGCCCUAGGUGGUGUGCUUGUCACAGGUGUCAAUGCUGGUGGUCCACCGGUAGUGAGUAACCUUUCACAUUUCUCAUUUAAAUCUGACCAUCCCUUCAUUUCCAUGCUUAAUUCUCCUAUCUAUGGGUCGAUUUCCAGAGUCUUAGUCGAAUCUCGAGGAAGUUCAUCCAUCGCACUGCGCUGGUAUUGCGACGUAGCCCCAAACAUGUUCCACGACGUCCGAGACAUUUGAAGUUGUCAAUAAUGACAAAAUGUAUCUUGAUGCUACUCGAACGCGCAACUAACAGCAAUCACUUACGCAGAUGAUUUGGGGAUGGGUGGGCAUCAGUAUCGUCUCUCUAUGCGUCGUCUACUCCAUGGCAGAAAUGUGCUCUGAGUAUCCCGUGGCCGGAGGCCAAUACUCAUGGGUCUAUAUUCUCUCACCGAAACCGGUGAGGAGACAAUUCUCCUAUCUAACGGGAUGGUUUAUGAUAAUCGGUCAGUCAUAUUUCUCUAGUCAUAUUGUCAUCAUAUUUCAGUCGUACCCGGGAGGGAAAAUGAUACCGAAAGACGCAUCUCAUGACCUUUCAUGGAAUAUUGACACCAUGUUCCUUGCUUUCCAUGGAAAAUAACUAUUUCUAACUCUCUGGGCAUGAGUACAGGUAUUCUUGCGAUGGGGGCAACCAACAGUUUCAUCGGCGCAAACUUCAUCCUAGGUCAAGCGAAUCUAGUUAACCCAUCAUACGUGAUUGAGAGGUGGCACGCGGUCUUGGUAGCCUACGCGGCGACUUUGAUUGCAACGUUCAUCAAUCUAUGGGGAUCAAAGAUUCUUGACAAAGUAUCUACUGUUGCGCUCAUUUUCAAUAUUGCAUCAUUUAUUGUGACGGUCGUCACAAUUCUAGCGUGCAACACCCACAAGCAAAGUGCUAGUUUUGUCUUUCGGGACUUUCAAAACUUUACAGGAUUUGGCACAGCUAUGGCUGGGAUUAUUGGGAUACUACAGCCAGCUUUUGGCAUGUGUUGUUGUAAGUUCUCUCUACGACACUGCCUUUCUCGCGCCACAGUCUAAUAUCUCCCCAACUUGAUUUGAUUGGACUCAACUUAAUGCUGAGGCUAACAUGAAGUGACGAGCUAGACGAUGCACCAUCCCACAUGACUGAAGAACUGAAAGAUGCUUCUAAAGAAGCUCCCCGUGCGAUGGUUCUCUCGGUUUACAUUGGAGCUAUUACAGGAUUCAUCUUCCUCAUCGCGGUCUGCUUCUGCGUCGGCGAUAUCGACGCUGUUGCUAGCACACCUACUCUGGUUCCGCUCAUUCAAAUUUACGCCGAUUCAACAAACAGUCACAUUGGAGCAUGUUUCCUAGCAUCCAUGAUCGUAGUGAUCAACGUCGCAUCCUCCAACGCACUGCUAGCGGAGGGGAGCAGAAGUCUUUACGCAUUCGCUAGAGACAAUGGACUUCCAUUCUCGAGCCAAAUUAGUAAAGUCAGUGCUAAACAUCAAGUUCCUGUUGUGGCUAUUGUUAUUGGAAGUGUAGUACAAAUGGCAUUUAACAGCAUUUACUUUGGAACGGUAACAGGAUUCAACACAGUAAUUGCCAUUGCGACCGAAGGAUUCUAUCUCUCCUACGCCAUGCCUCUUCUCGUGCGCUUAAUAUCUCAUUUCGAUGGUUCGCAUCGUCAACUUACAGGACCUUGGGCUAUGAGACCUAUGGUUUCAUUGCUAGUUAAUGGAGUUGGUCUUGCGUAUUUACUUUUUGCUUGUAUUACUUUUAAUUUUCCCUCUGUAUACCCGGUUACCAGCGACAAUAUGAACUAUACAUCUGCGGCAAUAGGAGUAAUUAUGAUGGUGGCAGCGGUGACUUGGGGAACUACUGCCAGAAAGAGGUUUUCGGGCCCGGAACUUGAGUGUGUGGAUGUGGUGGCGGGCGUGGAGAGGACAGAUUCAGAUGAGAUGAGUAGAAGGGAGAAGAGGGAAGAAAAUAAGAGCGGUUGAGUGGGAUGGGGAGGGGACAUGGAUGAUGAUGAUGAUGAUGACGACGACGGCGGUACUGUCCAUCCAUGACUGUACUGUUCAUGAAAUAGAGGGGUAGAAUAGAGUAGAUAAUGAGAAAUGAAUGCAAUUUUUGUGCGCGUUAUUUUGAACGCAUUUGUUCAUUUUUUUUAAAAAAAAAAGUAAG